ACAUCUGUCCAGACAUUGUAACCCUGGGCAAGCCUAUUGGAAAUGGCCACCCAAUCGCCAUGGUGGUGACUACGAAAGAAGUCGCUAGCAGAUUUGAAGCCCAGGGCGCCGAAUACUUCAAUACAUAUGGCGGUAAUCCAGUGUCUGUGGCAGUAGCUUCUGCUGUGUUGGAUGUGAUUGAAAAUGAGAAGCUGCAGCAACACGCCAAGGAAGUGGGCAACUACCUCCUGGCCUCCCUGCGAGAGCUUCAGCAGAGGCACCCCCUCAUCGGUGAUGUCCGUGGUCACGGCCUUUUUGUGGGCAUGGAACUAGUCCUUGACAGAGAGUCAAGAGAGCCUGCUGGAGAGCAAGCCAGUGUGCUGUCUCUCAGGCUCAAGCAAAGUGGUGUGCUGCUGAGUACGGAGGGCAAGUACGGCAAUGUGCUCAAGUUCAAGCCACCUAUGGUGUUCAACCAUGACAAUGUGGACACUGUUGUAUCCAAGCUUGACACCCUGCUUACGAAGAUCGAAGACGAGUGUGUGGACUUGCGCUACAACUUUGCCAAUGUUGCGCGAUCACUUGCCAGCAGUGCAGAGUCGCUGUCUACAGCUUCGUCCUUCGACUCGCUCGAGGAAAGCUCCGAGGAAGAUUUGUCAUCCUCCUCUUAAAGACUUUGCCUAAUGUUUACUUUGAUCGCAACGAAACGGUUCUUUCUUUCCUUUUUUUUUUUUUUUUUUUUUUUUUUGCGCAGCCACUUUUCAAUUGAGCUACUUUCUAAUCUUCUUAUUCAGUGAUGCCUAUAUGUGUUAGCAUUCCCAAGUAUGAGUUUUUUUUACAUGCCACCAUGUCUCGUUUAAAGUGGCAAGUGCUUGGAUGCGCUGAGUGAGCACAUGCGAAAAAGAUCUGCUUCUUCAGAAACCUGUGUAGGUACUUGCACCAGAAACUGUUUUUGUGGCUGCUUCGGUUUCCUUAGCCUCGUGUAGCUGUCAUAACAGUUGUAAUUUUGCGUUGUUUGCAGUACGUUGCUGCAAAGCUACAUUGUCAUUGCUGCGUGCUUCGCUCAAAUUUUCAUCAUUUAUUAUCUUUUCUCCGCUUUGGACUAUUCAUUGGAGACUACAGGUGUAUAGGCAUUGUCGUUUGUAUGUUAACAUUACCACUGUCAUGGCCGUGUCUGCUUUUUCCAGUACAGAUUCGUAACUUUUUCUUUUGCCCUCUAGGUGACACUAAAGUACUUUAUUGUAACUUUAGAUGUUGUUGCUUGUUAGACUUGUGGCUUAGUGAACAUUCUUGGUAUUUCAGGCUAUUGCAAGAUGUUGCUUGAACUACCCCUGCUGUCUUCCACUUGUCAUUGACAGACUUGAACAAUGGCAACAAAAAAGCAGACAUCUUUUUCUUUUUGUUCACAAAGCCACUACCAUCCUGUGUAACAAGUUUUCUAGUUGCGCAUUAGUUAAUGCUCUAUUUGGAAGUGGUUGUGCAAGGACGACGCUCUUUCUUGAGUGGUCAUCUUUUAGCUGCUACCCUUGAGGUGCUGUCUUUGUGGAUUUCCUUUAUGAUUCUUUGAUGUACAUGGCACAUUGCCUUGCUAACUUAUUUUUUUCCUCCAGAAUGCUUAAUGCACUUCACCCUCUGGAGUUGAAUUCUUAUUGACUGGUAUCCAGUCAUCAUUUCACAUGGGUCAUUCUUUAUCUCGAGAAGUGGCAUGAAUUGUCUUUUUUCUCCCAGUCAUUCUUAUUCAUUGCAGUUUAUAUAUUGUGUGUUGCAGUGUCAUUCUACUCGUAUUUUUCACUGUAUUCUUCACUUUUUGAUGUCUCCUACUGCCUGCAUGUGUCCUAAGCUGGAGGCAGCAGCUGGUAAGCUUUAUUGUCCACAUUUUUCUGCCGCAUCAGGCGGAAUAUUUUAUCGGCUUAUCUGCUGAUGUCUCCAGCUCAUGGCUGCAGUCUUGUGGCAUUGUUGGCUUCAUGCGACUUCAAUGACUUGUCACUGCCACAUGUUCUGUGUGACUCCAUGUUGCGGGCUGGGCAGUUGGCAAUGUUUGUAGCUUUCUCAUCAUUUGCUGUGAAGGGCCUGCCUGCUUUUGGCCAACUAUGCGAAGGCGGGGUUUUUUUUCCUGUGUAUGUAUCGUCGUCUUGCCAAUAAUUCCAGUCUUCCAUAGUCUUUUCCGCUCCAUCAUACAAUACCUUCUGCACAUGUUAUGAUGUAUGCAAACUGAAUGGCACACUUUAUGCCAUUUCAUAUACAUAUAUACAGUUAGGAUGCUUUCUUGCAAUAAACAGCCUGUAAUUCUGUC